UGUGUCUCUUUCUAGGAGCUAUGAAUGACCUGAGGAUUGUGCUUCUUGGAAAAACAGGAGAUGGAAAAAGCAGCUGUGCGAACACAAUACUAAAUGAAGACGUAUUCCCCAUUGGACAUUCAUCCAUCUCAGAAACCCACAAAUGUGAGUCUAGAACAAAGCUCAUCAAUGAAAAGGAAAUAUCAGUGGUUGACACACCAGGACUUUUUGUCACAAGUCUUCCUGAAAAAGAAUUAGAGUCUGAGAUGCUGCGCUGUAUUGUUGAGUGUGCACCAGGACCACACGCCUUCGUGAUUGUGCUCAGAGUUGGAAGAUACACAGAUCAGGAGAAGGAAAUUGUGAACAAAUUAACAGCUGCAUUUGGAGAGGAAGCUUUAAAAUAUGCAGUGGUCCUCUUUACCCAUGGUGAUCAGCUCUCUGAAGACCAGAGGAUUGAAGACUUUGUGAAACAGAGCACAGAGUUACAGGGUCUGGUAGAUAAGUGUGGAGGUCGUGUUCAUGUAAUUGAUAAUAAAUACUGGAAUCAGCAGCAGGAUGAGUACAGAAACAACAGAGUUCAGGUAGAGAAGCUACUGAAGACCAUAGAGGAGAUGGUGAGGAAGAAUGGAGGACUGUGCUACAGUAAUGAGAUACUGCAGGAGGUCAACAGAGCAAUAGAAGUAGAAUGUGAGAACAUUAUCAGGAAUAACAAUGAAGAUUCACAAGAUGUCAACAAUGUAAUACAACAAGCAAAACAAAGAGUGCAUACAAAACUGUCAGUGAGAUUAGUUGGGGUGACAGUAGGGGCUUUGCUAGGUGCUCUGCUUGGCUUUGGAGCAGCAUUAUAUGUGUCUUAUAAAGCGGCACAUGUAGUGCCACCACAAGCAGCUGCUUGUGUGUUUGGGUCAGCAAUAAUAGCUGGGUCAGUAGCAGGGGCAGUAGUAGGAGGAUGUGUAGGUUAUAAAGCUGUAGAGGGGGCAGAGACUCUGACUGAAGCAAUGAAGAGAUCAGCUAAGGUGGUCUGGGAGUAUGAAAAGAUUGAACAGCUCAUCAAAAGAUUUCAGAAAAUUUAGGUUAUUGGAAAAACAACAAUUAAAAAAAAGAGGAUAUAAUUAGAUUGUUUUUCCUAAAAAAGCUUGAAUGUGGCAAACUGGUGUUUGUUAAUACAUUUAAACCACCCAAAGAACCAGUUUAAUGUAAUUUCAUAUCAUCACACCUGUGUAGAAUGCUUUGAUUACUCAAACAGUACUGUGUAGAAAUCAGAACCCAACCAUCAAUUAUUAAAACUGUGAUUAUGUUAUUAAUAUUUCAGCAACAUAAAAAAGCAUAAAGAAAACUUGCAUUUAACAGAAGAUUACACAGAAGCUGCAACAGCUAAAUAUAAUAUUGAGUUCUAUAGUGUUUAGUCUGUCCACCUAUUUUUUUUAUUAUAGCUUCCAGUCUUUACAGAAAACCAGUGACAUCGGAAUGUGUUCUACAAUAACUGAAACAUGUCAUUAUUGUGGUCUGGUAUUGCCCCUUUUUGCUUUUUCCUUUUUUCUUCUGUUCAAUAUUUUUCUACCAGGUUGACCUUCUGAUUUUGGGAUGGCCCAUGCGUCGUUUGCUCAUGCUUCUUGGUCUUUGACUAUGAUGUAUCAUUGAAAAUCCUCAACCAAGGAGCAGCGCCUGGCCAGUGUGCCCCACUCGGGCAACACCGUGCGGCCAUGUCUGUUUCGACCUUUGAUUGCUUCUUGUUGUCUGUUUUAAUGUAUUAAUAGCCUAGUAGGUCAUUAAUUGCCAUCUUUUGGAUAAAUGGAUUUUAAGUUUGGACAUUUGGAUUUAAACUGACUACUAUGGAUUACUGAAGGGUUGCCUUGACAUUUAUAGAUCUUUCUUCUAAGCUAGUUGGCUUUUUAAUUCUGUCUUUGGAAGCUGAGCUCUGUGUACAAUUACUAAUGUUAACCAAGACUUAUAGGUGCUGUAGGGGUGGGUGCUCUUUAUUUGAUAACGUUUUCUCCUGUUUUACACUCAGUGAGUUAGGGAAGAUGUUUGUAUUUUCUUUUUCUUUUGUUUUGGAUCAGGAAAGGAACCAUCGUGAGGUGGUAGGUUUGAUUUUGUUUGUUGUUUUUGCCUCAGCCCACCCUGAAGCCAUCUAAUCUUUUUCUUGUCAUGUUGAUUUAUAUAUUGUAUGUCCAUGUACUAUAAAGAUACUUGGUAUGAUGAAACGUAAAGUAAAAAAAAAUGAAUAUAAAUGUUUGGCUUUAAUCAAA